AUGAAACUCACCUCAAAACCAUCCAAGCGCACGAACGUUACAACGGACACCCAUGAGUCUACCAAAACAAAGACCCAGUCCCUCCCACAACUACUGCCUUGGCCUUCAAUAGAGGGCUCUCCAACAACUCCAAAUCCUACGAUGAGCUCAUCCAGAGACCUGGUCCCGCCAUCUGGGCUCAAUCGCCUACCACCUCCGCUGUCAAUGCCAACCCCCCUGCCCCCGCUACCUGCUGCAUGGGAAGGCACAGAGGACAUGAAGCUGUGGCUACACACCAAAAUGGAAGAAGACCGGCGCAGACAGCAAGAAGAAAGAACGUACCAGGCUACCUUGGUACUGGAACGGCGGCGAAUCGAGCAGUCAAUAUUGUCAGAUGCCCUGCGCGCCGGUGUCCCCCCGAACCUGGUCCCACUAAUCUUUAACGGCAUCUAUACAACCGGUGGCAAUCUCGAAUUGGCGACUGAACUGCAGAGGCAGUGGUCUACACCGGGUCCCAUAUCUGUUGCGCCUCCUACAAUUUCCCAACAGCAAAAUAACCCGGACCCUGCGCCGCCUGCAAAGCUCCCAGUUGCACCCCAACCGAUUCAGCAGGAUUCCAGACAGCCUCCUCGAGCACAAGAUAAUGACUUACCACUGGCGGCCACAGACUAUCUGCCUGGAACACGCAAUUCUCGGUGGUCGGAAGCCACAUCCCGUUUACAUCGAGACCGAGUGAUAAGCUCUGAGCGAGAGCAGCUGAGGCGCAAGCUGAAAGCCCAGAAUGUGGAGUCCGCUGGCAUGAAACUGCUGGAUACAGCCUUCGAACACACAUUUCCUGUUACGAGCUCUAUGAUGGAGGCCGAGGCCUCUCGACAUUUGGCCGGUUCCGCCGACAAGCCUUCUGGGACGCGAGAAAAACGACGGCAAGCCUCUCAGAAAUCUCACCCCAGGUCUUCCCUGCAAUCCCGGUCAAACCCCCAACAGCAACUACAAACUUCGCCGAGAAAUCCUGCCAAUGCCUCAAAUCCCCCAUCUCAGGUUCAUUCGGAGCAAACGGACAUCCCUAGCCCGAAGCGCAAGGACCAGAGGUUGCACAAGAAAGUCCCUUCACCUCAAUAUCGUCGAAAUGAGACGGUGUGUGGUCAGCAAGACCCAUUCGAUGAAGCAGAGCUUGAUCAGAAACAACAGCAGCGUGAUCUAUCCAGCUCGCACGAAUCCCGUACUUGUGAGGGUAGUUCUUCUGAGCAACCAUCGGAGUCAACCCCGGCCUCAGUAGGGAAAUUCAGUGCAACCGCAGCUGAAGACAUUCAAAAAUAA